AGAACAACAGGGUGUUUGUUGUCAGGAAGUGGUCCAAAAAGUUAAUAAUGGACUAAACGCUGUUAACGUGAACUAACCGCAGGAAGUCAUGCGCUGAAAAAAAUAACCAUUUUUUUUUCGCGAUAACAACAUUUUCUGUGGAUGUUUUCAUUUGAUGGGUAAAGCUAGAAAAACAAGCGGGUCAUGAACGACAAUUUUAACAGAGCUCCCGGAGCAGGGAGAAGCCGAAAUCUUCCAGUAGACGCUGCACUCCAGAGUACGGUUUGGGACAGCGACAGUCGCUUUACAGAUUUCAACCAAAGGGAACCUUUGCGACAGCCUCGAACAUACCCUGCUAACGGCGAUUUUAACAUUAGCUCGGCCACUGAAAAUGGCGCUACAAGUGGCGAUAGCGGAGACAGUAAAAGACAAAGUGUAGACCAGCACAGUGUAAAUGCCAACAGUCCUUCCAGGGCGUGUAAUCAUUUGGAUUCCUUGGUUGAAUCGUCCAAACUCUCUGCCAGUGCUCCGGAGUUUGUCCCAAAUGCCAUGUACCAAAAUGACGUCCAGACAUAUUAUGAGGACAAUGACGACACUUUCAGUGCUCCGUCCUUGGCUGAAAUGGUCCGUGACUUCCUUUGCCACCUAAGCUCCUCACCUGGAAUGUUCGAGUCGGACGUUGAACACAUAACAAGCGAGCUUAAUUCCUACGUUACCACAGUGGAGUUGUUGGCAGAGCUGGUGGACCUGAUCUACACAGAGUCCACAGCCAUUCCUAACUUCGCUUACACGGGCGCGCGGCUUUGUAAUUAUCUGUCCCAUCAUCUCAACCUCAGCCCAUCUAGCGGUAACUUUCGUCAGCUGCUGCUUCUAAGGUGUCAAAAAGAAUUUGAGCAGCGAGAUGUCGCAGUGCAGGGAGACCGAGACACACAGAAGAAGUUCCACGCAUUUGUGCUGUUUCUUGGAGAGCUCUACCUUCAUCUGGAGCUAAAGAGUGGCAAAGGAGCUUUAACCCGAGCUCAUAUCCUUCUACAUGCAUUGAAAGAGCUGCUGGACUCUCUCCUUUCUAGUCCUGUGGAUGCAAACAUCAUCUGUGCCGUCAAACUACUCAAGCUGACUGGUUCUGCCUUGGACGAUGCUUGGAAAGAAAGUGGAAACACAUUCAUGGAAGAGCUGAUCCAGAGGAUAGAAACAAUUGUACUGGAUGCUACAUGCAGUAGGGAGGUCCGACAAAUGCUUCUGAAACUAGUGGAGCUGAGGUCCAGUGACUGGGGAAGAGUGUGCACUGCAGCGGCCAGCAACGCUACCCCUGAUAAUGAUCCCAAUUACUUCAUGAAUGAACCUACGUUCUACACAGAAGACGGAACUCCUUUUACAGCAGCAGAUCCAGAAUAUGCUGAGAAAUACCAAGAGAUCAUGGAAAGGCAAGAUUAUUUCCAUGAGUUUGGUGCAGAAAAUGAAACUGAAAAUGAUGAGUACGACUUUGACGACGAGAUGGACCCUGAGAUCGAAGAAGCCUAUGAGAAUUUCUGUUUAGAGUCGGAGAGGAAACGACAGCAAUGACACUGAGGCCCUGCUAAGUCCUUUAUCGUAAAGUUGUGAAGCAAAACAAGCUACUGUCACAUAGCCUCCAAAUAUUUGUUUACUGUAAAGAAAAAGCAUUUUAUCAAAGCUGUUAAAAUAUAGCUGCACUUAGGCCACUUGUUUCCACUUAGAGCAGAAAGCCGACAAUCGAUGGGAAAGUUUAAAAGAAAAAAAAAUCCUUGUUCCUGAACGCUUCAUUUAUUUUAUUUUUUUUUAGAAUCAUCUUUUAGCUGUCUUGAAACUAGUUUAAACUCAAAAUAACUUCCUAGGGUGAUUGAGUGCUGUGGCGUUUUUUUUUUUUUUUUUUUUUUUUUUUUUUUUGUCUCCCCCCCCAAAGUAUUACCAAUUUGUUGAAAGUGCCCAAGUCUUGUUGAGCCUCAAAAAUCUAAUGUAUACAUUUAUCUGGGGGUGAAAAAUCCACAAUUUUGGCCUAGUUCGUUGGCUCAUAUCAGAUGCGUUCAGCAUAUAUUGUUCUCUGAGGCUCAGACCGUUCAUCAGCAAUUCACGAAGGCUGUAUAAAGGAAUUUUGUUUUGUAGUGUGCGUUUAUUGUUUAUAGUAUUGUUUGCCUGCAAUAAAUCUUUAUAAUGUCAUUGACAUUUU